AUGGCGCGGUGCGCAGAGGUGGCGGCCUCGCGGCGCACGGCGCCGCCUCUAACUCCGCGCCUCCUCGCCAGCCGAUGCUCCUCUCCAGCGGCGCGCAGGAGGCCCGCCCGUGGCGGCCGCGAAGGCGGAGGCCCGCGCCAUCCGCCCCCCCCCCCCCCCCCCGCGCGCCUCCUCCGGGGCGGAUCCGGGCACCUCCGCACCGCGCCGCCCACUCCUUCCUCCUCCCCCUCCCGAGCUCCCAACGGCGGUGGUGGCCGGAUCCGCGCCCUCACGAGCUCGGCCGGCUUCCUUUCCUCCCUGGAGUUACCUCCUGGCCGGAUCCGCGCGAGCCACGACGGCAGCGGUGCUCCACGGGGCGCGGCGUCCUCCCUCUUGGCCGCGGCCAGAGCAGAGCUCGAGCGCGGCUCAGACGGCGUCCAUGGCCGGCGCGGCCGUUCUCCCUCCCUCCUCCCUGGCCGGCACGCGGAGGUCCAGGUGCGGACGGGGUGCGGCGGCGCGAGGACAGAGGAGGAAGAGGGACGGCUUUGCGGCGGCUGUUCCCUCCCCCCUCUGUGGCGGCGGCCCCUCCCUACUCCCUCCACGGCGGCGGCCCUUCUUCCCUCCUUGCUCCUCCCUCCUCGGCCGGACCGCGGCGGCACGCGCGGGCCGUCCUCCUCUCCCUCCAGGCACGGCGGCGUGCGCGGUGGUCCUAUGCUCUUGAGCGGCGGCCGCGGCGGGUCAUCUACGGCGGCGCGGAGCGGCCGCGGACGGCCCGCCGCGGCGGCGCGCGCGCAGUACGUCGUCGCGGGCUCGACGGUAGACCCUCCGGCGGACGGCGCGAGGCGGUUGGGGAGGGUGCUGGUGCGCGGGGCCCGUGCCACACAUGCGAGUAGCAGAGCUCCUCUAUUCCGCUCGGAAUAG